AUGGAGCCAGUUAUGAGUUUGGCAUUGGCCGCCCAUGGGCCGCCCAGCAUACUGGAGCCGUUGUUUAAAACCGUCACUACGAGCACAACCACAACAACAACAAGCACGGCUGCAACAACAAGCAGCAGCAGCAGCAAUCCCACAAUUAGCCCCACCACAAGCACCACACUGCUAACGGCAAUACUGGAGAAUCUAACAUCAACGGCAGCGAGUGGAUACUAUGAUCCGUAUGGCAAUCAAACGAAUAGCACGCUGGGAUUUGAGACAAAGGGACCGAGAUAUUCACUCGCCUCAAUGGUGGUUAUGGGCUUCGUAGCGGCGAUUCUGAGCACGUUAACAGUUGCUGGCAAUGUCAUGGUGAUGAUCUCGUUCAAGAUCGAUAAGCAGCUGCAAACGAUAAGCAAUUAUUUUCUGUUCUCGCUGGCGAUAGCGGAUUUUGCAAUUGGUGCCAUUUCGAUGCCACUAUUUGCAGUCACCACAAUACUGGGCUAUUGGCCAUUGGGACCACAUGUCUGCGACACUUGGCUGGCCCUCGACUAUUUGGCCUCGAAUGCCUCGGUGCUGAAUCUAUUGAUAAUCAGUUUCGAUCGAUAUUUUAGUGUCACACGGCCGCUCACCUAUCGCGCCAAGCGCACGACCAACAGAGCGGCUGUGAUGAUUGGUGCCGCUUGGGGCGUCAGUUUGCUGCUCUGGCCACCUUGGAUCUACAGCUGGCCCUACAUCGAGGGCAAGCGCACUGUGCCCAAGGACGAGUGCUACAUACAGUUUAUUGAGACAAAUCAUUAUAUUACAUUUGGCACGGCAAUCGCUGCAUUCUAUUUCCCCGUGACGAUCAUGUGCUUCCUCUACUUUCGCAUUUGGCGUGAGACAAAGAAACGGCAAAAGGAUUUGCCCAAUUUGCAGGCUGGCAAAAAGGAUUCCAGCAAACGCUCCAACAGCAGUGAGGAAAAUACUGUGGUUAAUCACACAGCUGGAGGUUUGCUGGCCUUUGCCCAACUGGGAGGAAAUGAUCAUGAUACCUGGCGUCGACCGCGCUCCGAGAGCUCAGCGGAUGCGGAAAGCGUUUAUAUGACCAACAUGGUCAUCGAUUCGGGAUAUCAUGGCAUGCAUUCGCGCAAGUCAAGCAUUAAGAGCACGAAUACAAUCAAAAAGCCAUAUUCAUGCUUUGGCAGCAUCAAGGAGUGGUGCAUCGCGUGGUGGCAUUCGGGGCGUGAGGAUUCCGAUGAUUUUGCCUACGAACAGGAGGAGCCAUCUGAUUUAGGGUAUGCAACACCAGUAACAAUUGAAACUCCUUUACAAAGCUCCGUCUCCAGAUGCACUUCGAUGAACGUGAUGCGGGAUAACUACUCGAUAGGGGGCAGCGUCAGCGGAGUGCGGCCACCGAGCAUAAUGCUGGCGGAUGUGUCGCCGACGCCGAUGCGUCCGCCACUCAAUUCCAUUUCGCAAAUGCAGGAAAUGAAUGCGGCCGGCAAUAGCGGCAACAACGUCACAGGGAAUGGCAACGGGAACGGGAAUGGCAAUGGCAAUGGCAACAUUAACAUCGCCAGUGCAACUGUUGUUGCCAACAACACCAAUAGCAAUAGCAACAACAACAACCUGAACGGAGGAGGAGCAGUGGGAGUGGGAGUGCCUGUGGGAGUGGGAGUGGCAGGAGGUGGCAACAGCAAUCCCAAUUCGAGCACAUUGCGUGAUUCACGCAACGCAUUGCCCGUUGGCAAUCGCAUUGGUUCACGUUCUGUUAGCCAGGAUUCGGUUUAUACCAUACUCAUCCGCUUGCCGCCAGAUGGCGCCAGUGCAGCUAAUGGCAGUGGUGUGGGUGGUGCCAGCAGCGGUGUGGGAGCCGCCAGCAAUCAUGCGGACUGUGCGCCAUCCAUCAAGAUGAUCCACGAAGAUGUGUCGACGGCAUCGAAUGUUGGUGUGAGCGUGGUAACAGCAGCACCGCCCACGCGACGACCUUUGCCCUCACGCGACUCGGAGUUCAGUCUGCCACUGGGCAGGCGAAUAUCGCAUGCACCGCAGGAUGUACGUCUGCUCAAUGCCAAGGUCAUACCCAAGCAACUGGGCAAGGCGGGUGGUCAACACGCCCUGCUCAAUGCUCGCAAUGCGGCCAAGAAGAAGAAAAAGUCACAGGAGAAACGGCAGGAAUCGAAAGCGGCCAAAACGCUGUCGGCCAUUCUGCUGAGUUUCAUCAUCACGUGGACACCGUACAAUAUUCUGGUGCUGAUCAAGCCAUUGACCACCUGCUCGGACUGCAUACCCACCGAGCUGUGGGACUUCUUCUAUGCCUUGUGCUACAUCAACUCGACCAUAAAUCCCAUGUGCUAUGCCCUCUGCAAUGCCUCAUUCCGACGCACCUACAUCCGUAUACUCACCUGCAAAUGGCACACCCGCAAUCGCGAGGGCAUGGUCAGGGGCGUGUACAACUAGGUCACCCAACCACUUCCACAUCCACAUCCCAGGAAUACCUUGAGUUCAUAAUAAAUAGUUGCAAUAAAUGUUGUGUGCAAAACUAAAACCAAAAAAGUUGUUAGCGAAAAGCAAAAACCAAAACUAGGAUUAGGAUAACACUUUGACAAGCAGUACUGAUUUUUGAUGUCUAGCCCCCAAAUAUAAUAAUUACAUAUAUACAUACAUAUAUAAAAUUACAAUGAGAGAAUUGCCCAUUAAAUUUCCGAUAUGCCAAGAGACAGCAAUAUAAAUGAAAUGGAGAUUUAACAAAGCUACGAGCAUUUCCUAAAAUAUC